GGAGCCCGGGUCCCCGUUCUGCCCGGGCUGGAUGGCUCAUUCUGCUGGCUGCGCGGCGGCGGCGGCUCGUGUGUGUGUGCGCCGCGCCCCGCCGCUCCCCGCCGGCCCCCCGAGCCCGGGGCGCGCGCUCCAGCCCGGGGGUCCCCGCGGCGCCGCGGCCAGAGGCUCCGGGCAGCGCAGCAAUGGCCGUGCGCAGGCUGGGGGCCGCGCUGCUGCUGCUGCCGCUGCUAGCCGCCGUGGAAGAAACCCUGAUGGACUCCACCACGGCGACGGCUGAGCUGGGCUGGAUGGUACAUCCCCCGUCAGGGUGGGAAGAGGUGAGCGGCUACGACGAGAACAUGAACACUAUCCGCACGUACCAGGUGUGCAACGUCUUUGAGUCAAGCCAGAACAACUGGCUGCGGACCAAAUUCAUCCGGCGCCGCGGCGCCCACCGCAUCCACGUGGAGAUGAAGUUCUCCGUGCGUGACUGUAGCAGCAUCCCCAACGUGCCCGGCUCCUGCAAGGAGACCUUCAACCUCUACUACUACGAGGCUGACUUUGACUUAGCCACCAAGACCUUCCCCAACUGGAUGGAGAAUCCGUGGGUGAAGGUGGACACGAUCGCGGCCGAUGAGAGCUUCUCCCAGGUGGACCUGGGUGGCCGCGUCAUGAAAAUCAAUACCGAGGUGCGAAGCUUUGGCCCCGUGUCCCGAAGUGGCUUCUACCUGGCUUUCCAGGACUAUGGGGGCUGUAUGUCCCUCAUCGCUGUGCGUGUCUUUUACCGAAAGUGCCCCCGUGUCAUCCAGAACGGCGCCAUCUUCCAGGAGACGCUGUCGGGGGCUGAGAGCACCUCGCUGGUGGCUGCCCGGGGCAGCUGCAUCGCCAACGCUGAGGAAGUGGAUGUGCCCAUCAAACUCUACUGUAAUGGGGACGGAGAGUGGCUGGUGCCCAUCGGCCGCUGCAUGUGCAAGGCGGGCUUCGAGGCUGUGGAGAACGGCACCGUCUGCCGAGGUUGUCCGUCAGGAACCUUCAAGGCCAACCAAGGGGACGAGGCCUGCACCCACUGUCCCAUCAACAGCCGCACCACCUCCGAGGGCGCCACCAACUGCGUAUGCCGCAACGGCUACUACAGGGCCGACCUGGACCCCUUAGACAUGCCUUGCACAACCAUCCCCUCUGCGCCCCAGGCUGUGAUCUCCAGCGUCAACGAGACGUCCCUCAUGCUGGAAUGGACGCCGCCCCGAGACUCGGGGGGCCGUGAGGACCUCGUCUACAACAUCAUCUGCAAGAGCUGCGGCUCGGGCCGGGGCGCCUGCACGCGCUGUGGGGACAACGUGCAGUACGCGCCCCGCCAGCUGGGCCUGACCGAGCCGCGCAUCUACAUCAGCGACCUGCUGGCGCACACGCAGUACACCUUCGAGAUCCAGGCCGUGAACGGCGUCACUGACCAGAGCCCCUUCUCGCCCCAGUUCGCCUCCGUGAACAUCACCACCAACCAAGCCGCACCAUCGGCCGUGUCCAUCAUGCAUCAGGUGAGCCGAACCGUGGACAGCAUCACCCUGUCGUGGUCCCAGCCAGACCAGCCCAACGGCGUGAUCCUGGACUAUGAGCUACAGUAUUAUGAGAAGCAGGAGCUCAGUGAGUACAACGCCACAGCCAUAAAAAGCCCCACCAACACGGUCACUGUGCAGGGCCUCAAAGCCGGCGCCAUCUAUGUCUUCCAGGUGCGGGCACGCACCGUUGCAGGCUAUGGGCGCUACAGUGGCAAGAUGUACUUCCAGACCAUGACAGAAGCCGAGUACCAGACCAGCAUCAAGGAAAAGCUGCCUCUCAUCGUCGGCUCCUCGGCUGCUGGCUUAGUCUUCCUCAUUGCCGUGGUGGUCAUUGCCAUCGUAUGUAACAGAAGACGGGGGUUUGAGCGCGCCGACUCCGAGUACACCGACAAGCUGCAGCACUACACUAGCGGCCACAUGACCCCAGGCAUGAAGAUCUACAUUGACCCCUUCACCUAUGAAGACCCUAACGAGGCAGUGCGGGAGUUUGCCAAGGAAAUCGACAUCUCCUGUGUCAAGAUUGAGCAGGUGAUCGGUGCAGGGGAGUUUGGUGAGGUCUGCAGUGGCCACUUGAAGCUGCCAGGCAAGAGAGAGAUCUUUGUAGCCAUCAAGACCCUCAAGUCGGGAUACACGGAGAAGCAGCGUCGGGACUUCCUGAGUGAGGCAUCCAUCAUGGGCCAGUUCGACCACCCCAAUGUCAUCCACCUGGAAGGGGUUGUCACCAAGAGCACACCUGUCAUGAUCAUCACUGAGUUCAUGGAGAACGGUUCCCUGGACUCCUUCCUUCGGCAAAACGAUGGGCAGUUCACAGUCAUCCAGCUGGUGGGCAUGCUACGGGGCAUCGCGGCCGGCAUGAAGUACCUGGCAGACAUGAACUACGUGCACCGGGACCUGGCCGCCCGCAACAUCCUCGUCAACAGCAACCUGGUCUGCAAGGUGUCUGACUUCGGGCUCUCGAGAUUCCUGGAGGAUGACACCUCCGACCCCACCUAUACCAGCGCUCUGGGUGGGAAGAUCCCCAUCCGUUGGACAGCGCCGGAAGCUAUCCAGUAUCGGAAAUUCACCUCAGCCAGCGAUGUGUGGAGCUACGGCAUUGUCAUGUGGGAGGUGAUGUCCUACGGGGAACGACCCUACUGGGACAUGACCAACCAAGACGUAAUCAACGCCAUUGAACAAGACUACCGACUACCUCCACCCAUGGACUGCCCCAGCGCCCUGCACCAGCUCAUGCUGGACUGCUGGCAGAAGGACCGCAACCACAGGCCCAAGUUCGGCCAGAUUGUCAACACGUUGGACAAGAUGAUCCGAAACCCCAACAGCCUCAAAGCCAUGGCGCCCCUAUCUUCUGGCAUCAACCUGCCCCUGCUGGACCGCACAGUCCCCGACUACACCAGCUUUAACACGGUGGAUGAGUGGCUGGACGCCAUCAAGAUGGGCCAGUAUAAGGAGAGCUUCGCCAACGCCGGCUUCACCUCUUUCGACGUUGUAUCUCAGAUGAUGAUGGAGGACAUUCUCCGGGUUGGGGUCACCCUAGCUGGCCACCAGAAAAAGAUCCUGAACAGUAUCCAGGUGAUGCGGGCCCAGAUGAACCAGAUCCAGUCUGUGGAGGUUUGACGAUCGCCUGCCUCAGCUCGCCUCUUCCUCCACACCGCCCCCUAAGCCCCCAAGCCGGUCCCCCUGCUGCUCUGUCCACUGCAGGGUCAGCCACCUGCCAGGAGGCCACAGGCAACAGGAAGAACCAAGCAGCACUCCAGUCAACGAGACGUCACCAAGAACCCAUGCAAGUCAAAGGAAUGAAAAGGGAAUUGGGGGGAACACGCACCUAGAUCAGGGAGGGGGCGGGACAGGCAAGGAACGUUCGUUCAAGGAGGAUUCUCAUAAGGAGAGUGAUGAUGGUUCUUAGGGGAGAAGAGAAAAAGGCUUGGGAGAUCUACACGAUCCGUCCCGGUGGAGGCCAACAGCAUUUUCUCUCCAACUCCUUCUGAGAAGGUUGAGCUGGCCAGAGCCAAAACACACUUCCAGGAAAAUUAAUAUGAAGGGAAGAGACAGGCCACCCUCCUUGCCUGGCUUUAGCGGUUUCUUGGAGCAUCACUAAUGGCCCUGCCCCAGGCACAAGGGGCAGCCGCCCCACAUAGGCUCCGAGGGAAGUCCAUUCCAGUUGCCAUCAGCAGCCAGGAGAAUAGAUCUGUCUCGGGAGACAAUUUCAAAAACUCCGAGAGACUCUCUGCUAAUGGUUCAGGAGGCGGAAGAGGAGUUCCCGGCCUCCCAGGUCACGCCAAACAGGCCAGAUCUUCCUGAGGACAGCCACCCAGGUCUGCAAGACCCACGCGGCCCUGCCCGGGUGCCUGCUCCCGCCCAGCCUCAACCUGAGGACGAUGCUGCAGGUGACUGUCAUCAGCUACGACUGCCACUGAGAAGCAUUGAUCUUGCAUCUGGGUUUGUUUACAGCAAUUCGUGGACUGGGGGUAUUUUGAUCAGGGGUGGUUUUGGUCUGGGGAGGGUUUGUUUGUUGGGUUUUUUUAAAUGACAAUGAAGAGACACUUUGACGUUUCCUACCUUUUGAGGACUCCAUCCUUCUCCAGGAAGAAGGUGCUUUCUGCUUACUGACUUAGGCAAUACACCAAGGGCGAGAUUUUAUAUGCACAUUUCUGGAUUUUUAUAUGCUUUUCAUUGACACCCUUCCCUCCUCCUCCCACCUGCUGCCAGGCCUCACCAAAGCCAACUGUCACAGGGCCACCUGGGCCACUCAGAGACCUCGGUGGGACUGGGAGAGUGGAAGGAGUCAAACCAACAUGUCACAUUGGAACACAGACUGAGGCAGACGAGGGCUCCGAGGCCAGGAGUCCUCCCUACCUCCCUGCACCCUCUCAUGCUCUGCCCUGUUCUAUCUGGCACUUCCCAGGCACAGAGGCCCCUUCAGGUUCCUGGGUGCUCUCCAAUGGCCAAAACCCAAUUUCACCUCUGGGAGCCUCGACCAGGCUACCCGGGAAGUCAGGACCCUGAUCAUUCACUGUGACACCCCAGCCCUCCAAGCGUACCCUGGGAGACCAUGUGACCCUCUCUGUCCCACUCCUCCUGUUCCCGAGGCCUUUGCUCAGGUCUGAAGGUCUGGGCCAGAGGAACGUCAUCAGCCAGGGGUUCUGGCACAGACUGAACCGUGAGCAAAUGCAGGGACCCGAGCAGAACAAUCGGUUAGUGGAUUGAAUGGAAAUAAAUGCUUUAGUUAUAAAAUGGCCCCUGUACUCUGUAAGUUCCAGGAAAAGACCCUGGCACCUUUAGGAGCUGCCAAAUGACUUUUAAUGCUCUUUCAAGGGACUCUUCCCCUCUGCCUCUCCAGGAUCCAAAAGGCCCAGGCUGAGGAUAACCCACGGAGGGAAAAGAAAAGAAAAAGAAGCAGUAGCAGCUCACAUGGCCUUCCUGGUCCAGGGCUGUCAGAAGCACAGGCGAGACUCGGGGGCAUUGGAUUAGCUCAGCUCUGGGUGUCCCAUGUCUGGCCAAGUGAGCCGCACUAGACGCAGGGGUGGACACCAGACUCCCAGCAUGCCCCUGCCAAGGGACAAGGGCUGUGGGUGUUGGGUGAGCUGUGGCCAGGUAGUUGUGGUCUGGGCCUGUGGAGCACACUUAGCCACACAAUGCUGUCUCCUGUGCUAAGGGCUCAGGCUUACGGUGAGUGGGGUCUUUGUGUGUGUGCAGUAGGAGGCAGGAAGCAUGUGCACUGCAGAUACAUGUGUUAGAAGAAGGGGGUGGGUGUCCCAGGAAUGCUUCUCAGGACCAUUCCCUUUGUCUGCUGAGCCUCUUUGAGGAGCCUGUCCAGUGGGGAAGAUUGAGGCCAGAGGCCAUCAGCAAAAGGCCCCACAGUCAGCAAAGCCAUCAUAGCCCAGCCUGUUGUCUGUCAUUCACCUGUUCUCAGAGCCCCUGAGCAGGGGGAAGGAAGGGAUUAGAAAGGAAACUUGUCCCUGGGAUGGGGACAGCGGGGGCUGGCCACAGGGAAAGUACUGGCAAGUUUCCCACAAAGAGGCCAACGGUGGCCCAUUGGCCAUCCCAUUAUGCCCCAAAGAUGCCCAGCAUGGAUGGCAGCUGUCCCCAGCAAACAAGGUCACCUUCUGGAGGGAGCUGCCCUGAUGCUCUGUAGAUUAACUGUCCCCCCCCAGCCCACCUCCCACCUCUCCAGAGCCCCACGAGGCCUGGCAGUCAGUGUUUCCGUCAGAUGGCUUCCUGCCUUAAGCCACUAGGCUGGUGUCUUCUAGCCAGCUCCCCUGCCCAUCCACCCUCUAGAGCUCAGUGUGCCCAUGUAGAGCCAAGGGACUCUACCUAUCUUCUGUCAGAAUACGGGUGCUCUCCAGAGCCUGUCUUCUCUUCAGGGUAUCAAACAAACCGUCACUGUGGCCGUCCUGGGUGUAGGCACCUCUCGCUUCUCAAUCACAAGACCUUGUCCUCCCCCACUUCUCCGUGACUGCUCAGCAGGGAGUGGUAGGCCCUGCUGCCAAGCGCCUUCCUCUUAGGCUGUCCGCUCACACGGGCACACAGCUUGGCGCUCUCUGCUGCCUAGUUACUAAUCCCUUCCUGGCUCUGCCUGCCCAAGCGCCAGCUCCCACCUGCCCAGCAUCAGGAGACGCUUCCGGCUGCUCGGUGCAGGCUUGUUUCUUGGGGAAAGAAAGCUGUCUUGUGAACCUGGGCCAGGGCGCCGUGGAAAUGGGACCAGCUGCUCUGGGAGAGUGUGCCUGGCAGAGCCACGCGGGGCCAAGCUAAGUAAGAGGGAGCCGUGCCACCACCCACCCCAGAAGCUCCACCACUGGCUGUUAGUGGUGAUCAACAGGCCUGUUCCUGAGAUGGGAUGGAAGGUGUCUUGCUGGUAGGUGGGUAGAGUGCUUGCCCGGCAUGCACAAAGCCCUAGGUUCCCUCCCCAGCAUUGUAUAAACCAGAUAUGGUACUAUAUGGCUGUAAACUCAGUACUCAAGAGGUGGAGGUGGGAGGACCAGAAUUUCAACAGCACCCUCAGACACUUAGUGAGCUCGAAGCCAGCCUGAGCCACACGAGAUCCCAUCUCUGGGAGGGAAGUCACAGACGAGACAGAUCAAUAGCGACAUCCUUAAUGCUGGACCCAGACCUAGAACAGCAGAGGACACUUAGGCAAUCUACUUACCAGCCUGGCCUCAUGCCCACCCUUUCUAGCAUGCAGAGCUAGACAGUUCUGUGCUGCCCCUUGUGGGCUCGCAGUAACCGUGCACUCAGCACAGGUCAGAGGCUCAUCCCUAUAAGCUGGGAGCUCCCAGACCUCGCUGAAGUACAGUGACACCAUCACAGACCAUCACCCACCCCAUGCUUCCUCUGGUUCUCCAGACCCCUGCAAUUUCCAGGGAUGGUUCCCAGAGGAUGACCUUUGCCCAGGGGAGGGGGGUUCAAACUCACUCAAAGGACAGAAUGUAACCUACUUCUGUCAUUAACUAGGGCCAUGGGCCCCCAGGGAGACUGUUCCUCACUGGGCCAUAGCUUUUCACAUAUAAAACAAGAGCAUUAGGCUGGGGGAGCCAGUCCUGGGAAACCUUUUGUCCACAUCAGUCCUGAAAAAAGGACCUAAAAAAGGUUCAGAGCUGCAUGCAGCUCCAGAAAGGGGCAGAGCAAAGCUGAAAGGCUCAGCUUACCCACCCCGGUACCCCCAGAGCGUAGUCACUCAGGUGUCGGAAACAAAGGGAUCCAGCUUUGGCUUAUGAGGAAAGAGAAGGCUUGAUGGGAUGGCUAUUUGGAUGGGCUUCCAGGGCAGCCUGUCUUGAAAAUGAGAGGCUGAGAGAAAGGUCACUCCAAAAUGUAGCAACCUCAACAGUUCAAAGGCAUCUCGAGGUGUUGUGAGGCCUGGGGUUGGUAUGAAGGGGGGGCGGGACAUUAUGGUCCAGCCGCAGGGGUUAUCAAGCAGAGAGCAACAGGACAAACAUUAGAGUGUAGAGGAGUGGUUCUCAACCUCCCUACGGCUGCGACCCUCUAAUACAUUUCCUCGUGUUGUGGUGAACCUCCCCCCAAAAACCAUAAAUUUUGUUGUUCUAUUUUCCAAGACAGGGUCUCUCUGUGUAGCCCUGGCUGUCCUGGAACUCCCUCUGUAGACCAGGCUGGCCCCAGACUCACAGAGAUCCGCCUGCCUCUGCCUCCUGAGCGCUGGGGUUACAGGUGUGUGCUACCACCAUCGCCUGGCUCAUAAAGUUAUUUUCACUGCUACUUUGUAACUGUAACUUUGCUGUUGUUGUGAAUCGUAAUUGUAAAUAUCUGUUUUCCGGUGGUCUUAAGCAAUGCCUGAGAAAGGGUUACUCAACCCCCACAGGGGUCAAAAGCCAGGGGUUCAGAACCACUGUUCUAAAAGAAGAGUCAGUUCAGGCAGCCGUCAAACCAAAACAGGACCUCCCAGCCAGCCCUGCCCUGGCAGAAAAGAGCCCCUGGAACAGACCUCAUGACUCCUAGGGAGUCCAGGCCCUGCUAUUUACUUUCCACCACCAACAUAGCUUAAACUGGACUCCCUUCCGCUUCUUGGGACAGUGGAGGUGGGGUUUUGUGUUCUCUUACUCUUUUUUUUUUUUUUUUUUUUUUUUUUUGUGCCUUGAAAGAAUCUCAUACAUCCCAGGCUGACCCCACGCUCACUGUGCAGUCAAGGAUGACCACUAUUAGACUCCUGGUCCCCCCAAGUGCUGGGGUUUCAGGUGUGCAUCCCCGUGCCUGGCUUUGGCAGUGCUGGGAAUGGGAAGCGGGUCUUUGUGCAUGUGAGGCAAGCACUCUGCCGACUGAGCUACGCCCUCAGCCCAUCUGCUUCUGAUUGUAGCAAUGCAUGUCCACGCACGGCCAUAUCCCCCAGCCAGCCUUGACUCAGAUUCCCAGCCAGUGACUGCUACUACAAAACGGGCUGCAGAAGGAUCUUGGCCCAGUCAGUUUUUCCUGCAGGGGAACCAGUGUUGGGGUGUGGGUCACAGGAAAGGACUUCGGCCAAAAUGGGUUCAGAAUGUCCCCCACCCCUACCCUGCAAGCUGAUCUUAGGAGGUUGAAGCCUCAAGGACUAAUAUCUGAACACAUUACCCUAUGCCGAGUGCCAAAAUGGUACUGCCUCCUCUUUGCUGGCGAUGAGUGUGGCUCUCAGAAGAGACUCCCCUCAAUGCCCCAGCCAGGCCUUUCUCCUACAGCCCUCCUUCUAGCCCCUGGCUAGACAUUUGCAAGUGUUUGUAUCACCCACAGGAUGAGUACCUUCCCCACUACUGUGAGUUGAACUUGAGGAUUCCAGGGCUCCCCAAGCUUCCCCCAGACCCCCAACACACACACACACACACACACACACACACACACACCUAUAACAAACUGCACCCAGUGUACUGACGGAGCAGGGCUUAGUGUGAGACGUCACAUCAAACAAGGUGCCCAGACACAAAUUAAGACCCUGGCAGUGGGGGAGGCAGGACAGCGGACCCUCAGGAAUGUGCCCAGACUGGGUUAGGGUUUCGGAAAAAUUAAAAAGAUCCCCGAAGCCCCAGAGUCCAGCUGAGUCAAGGUCACAGCAGGAUGACUGCCUCAGGAAAGCUGAUCCAGGAAGAAUUGGGAAUGUAAUACUUGGGAGGGGCCCUGCACCCUGGCCGGGACCACCCUUUGGAGCCCCCACACCCCAGGGCAGGCCUGCUUGCUCAAUACCUGGCCUGAUGGGCCGAACUACAGCUCGAUGGGACUUCUAGGUAGACCUCACCCUCAAGUCCCCUGAGCCCGCCAUCCUGCCACCCAGACCGAAGUGAAAGCAGGUGAGCAAAGGCACCCGGGUUCCUUGUUCCUCAAGAGCCUGACACUCCCUGCUGGAGGAAACAGGACUACGGCAUUGGUAGGGAGAGGAGAGCAAGGAAGAAAUGCCAGAAAACAUCUUAGAGCCCGCCCCACCCAGGGCCACAUACACGCUGGCCCCUGCCUUGCCAAGAAUUCUAGCAUUCCAAGUCCUGAAAGACUCCCCCUCCCCCGAGACUCUGGGAUCUGCCAAGCUCAGUCUCCUAAGAUGCCGGUGGAAAGGAUCUGUGUUCAUGAAAUUCCACCCACUAGGUGAAUCUAUGCUAAUUCUGGACGUCACCAGCCCCAUGGUUUGCUGCUCCCCAAACCCAGGGGCCCUAGCAGAAAAAAUUAAAAAAAAAAAAAAGCACAAAGAGAAAAGAGAGAAGAGAGGGAGACAGUAAGAGAGGUGGACUCCAUGAGGUGCAGAAGCUCCCUUGGGGUGUGAGGCAGCAUGGUCUCUGGGUAGAGUCUCAGAAUGACCUUCACCAGGUCUGUUUGGAGAAGGGAGCCUCAGAGUAACCACUUCGGGGCCUCUGACAGCCACUGUGAGGCUCUUCCUGGAAAGAGUCAGCUGGAGUGAAGGAGGAAGCAGGAAGGUGGAGAGGUUCCACACUGUAUUUCCUAGGAUGGUCUCCAUACAAGCUUCCAGCCAGGUUCCUUUCCCAGGACGCUCGGAUGCAGAUGUCAACAUGGCCGUCAACAUGCACUCCCUCAGAAGAGCCCAGUUCUGGCACUGCCCGCCCCACCUCCUCCAUGAGUCCAGCCCCAGGGAAGGCUGCCAAUGACCCAGAGCAAUGUGAUCAUCUGUCGGUCCUCCUUUCUGUGGAAAGGGACUCUGAUGCCUCAGCCGCUGACGCCAGGGGGACUCGGCAGGGCCCCUCACUCCGCACAGUCUCUUUGGACUCCAGGGAAGAGCGAUGGCUGCUUGGUACUAAUCACAGCGCUACUUCUUCAGUGCCAACGGGGUGCAGGGCUCCGUGCAGCAUUUCUAGGCCCUACAACUCCAGGAGAUGGGUGCGAUAGUGAAAACCACACCUCGGGCCGGGAAGCUCAGAAAGACGACAGGCCGGCCCUGCCAGAUCACACAGCCAGCCAGCGGGCCUGGACCCCAGCACAACACACUUUUCUCUCUGCGUUCUGCUACCGCUGGUCCCCACUCGGCCCUCACCACGGUCAGAUCCUUUAAAUAUCCCACGUCCCUGGGGUCGCUGCUCUUUUUGCAUGGACCACCCCCUCCCUUCAAGCUGCUGUCAGAGCCGGAGGGGUGGAUGCCUAGACCCUCAACAGUCCCUCACACCCCCCUCCACCAGCCUGAGCUAGACAGGCCACAGAGCUCUCAACUGGGGGGGGGGGAUCUGGCCAGAUUUCACAUGACCGCCCUUUCCUCUGGUCAAUGUCGGGGAUCAGAAAAGGGUGUAGCUUGGGCUCCUCUAAACCCCAGUGCUGUGACCAAGAAAAUCUCACCAGCUGCAUCCAAUGGCAACCCUGACCCUGUUACUCCGAUGUCUUUGUAGGAGUAUUUUUAGCCGAAUCUCUUUUUUUUCCCCCCAAAAAAAUAAAUGUGAAUUGUAAAACUAAA